GUAGCAAUUAGACUAACUGUCAGCCCACUCCCCCUCAGUUCACUACUCUAUUACUCUAUUACCCCGGAUUUUCGUCGAAUAUCCAAUCAGACCGGUCGGCCGCCAUGAUUGCCGACCUGCUCUCGCUGCAGGCCACCCCUUACCUUUUCUUGGGCUUGGUGGCCAUCUACUAUCUCCUCCCCUACUUACAAGUCUGGCGUCUACGUGAUAUUCCGUCUCCUGGCUUCGCUGCCUUCUCCAACUUCUGGCUCCUCCUCCAAACCCGUCGCGGAUCCCGUUUUCUCGUUGUCGAUGAUGCCCACAAACGCUAUGGCAAACUCGUCCGCAUCGCGCCCCGCCAUGUCUCCAUCGCCGAUGACAACGCGAUCCAGGCUGUUUACGGUCACGGAAAUGGUUUCUUGAAGGCGGACUUUUACGAUGCCUUUGUUUCCAUCCGUCGCGGUCUGUUCAACACACGCGACCGUGCGGAGCACACCCGCAAGCGCAAGACCGUCUCGCACACCUUCAGUAUGAAGUCUAUUGGCCAGUUCGAGCAGUACAUCCACGGCAACAUUGAGCUUUUCGUUAAGAAGUGGACGAACAUGGCCAACACCCGGCGCGACCCCCGCACCGGCUAUGCCAGUCUCGAUGCUCUCAACUGGUUCAACUAUCUGGCUUUCGAUAUUAUCGGAGAUCUUGCUUUCGGUGCUCCCUUUGGUAUGCUUGAGAAGGAGCAGGAUAUCGCUGAGAUGCGCAAGACUCCGGAUUCUCCUCCUUCCUAUGUCCAGGCUGUUGAGGUGCUCAACCGUCGUGGUGAAGUCUCCGCCACCCUCGGCUGUUAUCCCGCGCUGAAGCCGUUUGCCAAGUACAUUCCCGACCGCUUUUUCAGGGAUGGUAUGGAAGCCAUUGAGAACCUGGCUGGUAUUGCUGUCGCUCGAGUCAACGAGCGUCUGCGUCCCGAGGUGAUGGCCAACAACACUCGCGUGGAUCUCCUUGCUCGUCUUAUGGAAGGAAAGGACGGGAAUGGUAACAAGCUUGGUCGCGAAGAGUUGACUGCCGAGGCCCUGACCCAGUUGAUUGCCGGUUCCGAUACUACCUCCAACACCUCCUGUGCUAUCCUAUACUGGUGCAUGCGCACCCCUGGUGUGAUUGAGAAGCUCCACAAGGUUCUCGAUGAGGCAAUUCCCAAGGACAUCGAGGUGCCCACUCACGCUAUGGUCAAGGAGAUUCCUUACUUGCAAUGGGUCAUCUGGGAGACCAUGCGUAUCCACAGCACCUCGGCGAUGGGUCUUCCCCGUGAAAUUCCCGCUGGCAACCCUCCCGUCACUAUCUCCGGCCACACCUUCUACCCGGGCGACAUUGUCUCUGUGCCGAGCUACACUAUCCACCACUCCAAGGAGAUCUGGGGCCCUGACGCCGACGACUUUGUCCCCGAGCGUUGGGACCCUGCCCGUCUCACCGCCCGCCAGAAGGCCGCGUUCAUUCCCUUCAGCACCGGUCCCCGUGCCUGCGUUGGUCGCAACGUUGCUGAAAUGGAGCUUCUCACCAUUUGCGGUACCGUGUUCCGCUUGUUUGAGUUCGAGAUGCAGCAGGAUGGACCCAUGGAGAGCCGCGAGGGCUUCCUGCGUAAGCCUCUUGGGCUGCAGGUUGGCAUGAGAAGGAGACAGAUCGGCGCUUAGCUUGGUGCUACACAAUUGGGCUAGUGCGUUUGAGUUGGAUUUGGCGAACCGAAAUUGCAUGUUUGAGGGAAGGAUGGAUGUCAUUAUGUAUAGAUGGAUGAUAUGAUGAGAUGACAAUCUAGCUAUGAGAUAGCUCUGCAC